GUGGGUGUUUUUCUGUGCUAUGCGUUUGGGGUUGAUGGGUUUUUGACAUUGAAGGCUUUUGUAAUGUGCAUGGAGGUUUGUGUUUUGGUUUCUCUCUGCAUGUUCACGAUUGAUCAUUGGCUUUUCUGAGUGAAAAAUUAGAGUUUUGUACAAUGUGGUUGCAACUUUUGUGUUCUUGUUGGUUUUUCACUAAUAUCUGUACUAUAAUUGUUGGGUCUCAAAGGCAAUAUGAUUGUUGGCUGGUUAUUUAUUUCUCUCUCUCUCUCUCUCUCUCUCUCUCUCUUAAAUAAUUUUAGCCCAUCGGUUUAUGUAAGAUAAUAGUCAGUGUACUUGUUUGGUUGAUUGGUUUGAAUAGUUAUGGGUUUGUUAGCUUUUGAAAAGUUGCCCUGCAACUCUAUUAAAAAGUAAAGAAAUUAGACAUGUGAUGUUAAACUUUUGCUAUGUGGUUGAGAGUGUUUGUUCUUUUGAUAAUUACUGCAACAAGGAGAGGGGUUGGUUUUCUGGGUUGGCCUUGAUUUUGCAGGUAUGAGGUCAUCUGGCCUCAUGGGGAAGGAGUUGCAUGAAGAUGAAGAAGUGCCUUGUGGUAUCCUAACUGCCAUAACUUUUACUGUUUCAACUCGUGAAGUUACAGAAAAGAUAUCUGAGAUAUCGAUUGAGAAUGUCAACGAGGUUACCGAUUCGAGAAUGGGACUCCCAAAUCUAUCUCUUGAAUGCACCACAUGUGGUGCUCAAAAUAUAAGGCGCCGCGAAGGUGUUCCCUAUCAAGAAAAUAAGAGCUGUGAAGGUCAUUUUGGCCAUAUCAAGUUUCCUUUCACAAUACUACAACCAUAUUUUCUAUCAGAAGUUGCAGAGAUACUAAACAAUGUUUGUCCGUCAUGUAAAAGAAUCAAGCCAUCUCAACGAGUCAAGGGUGCCAACUCUGUAAAUGAUGAUCAUCAGCCUACGGGUUGCAAAUAUUGUACUAGAAGUUCCGAAGGGAGGUAUCAUCCAAUGAAAUUCAAAGUUUCUUCAACUGAUCUUUUUAGAAGAAGUGCGAUUAUAGUAGAGGUUGUAAAUGAAAACAAUGCAAAAUUCCAAAAGAAACUAAGAGAGAUGCCAGAUGAUUAUUGGAAUUUUUUGAUACCUGAUGAACAAGUAGAUGAAAGUAGCAAUAAAUCACACCGAAGAGUUUUGUCACAUGCGCAGGUCUAUCAUUUGCUGAAGGAUGUCGAUCCUACAUUCAUAAAAAAGUUUGUUCCAAGGCUAGAUUCACUCUUUUUGAACAGUUUCCUUGUAACACCAAAUUGUCAUCGCGUGACUGAAUUUACACAUGCAUUUUCCAAUGGGCAGCGAUUGACUUUUGAUGAACGGACCAGAACAUACCGUAAAUUGGUUGAUUUCAGAGGAGUGGCAAAUGAGUUGGCUGCUCGUGUUUUGGAUUGCAUGAAAAUUGCUAAGUUAAACUCUGACAACUCUUUGAGUAAAGAUGUGGUUCUUGCUCAGCAAAAGAUUAAAGACUCUCCUUCAAAAACAUCGGGUUUGAGAUGGGUCAAAGAUGUUGUUUUGGGGAAACGCAGCGAUCAUUGUUUUCGCAUGGUUGUUGUUGGUGAUCCAAAUAUCAAACUUAAUGAAAUCGGCAUACCUUCUAAUGUUGCUGACAAAAUGUACAUUUCUGAGAAUUUGAAUAGAUGGAACUUAGAAAGAUCAGAUGCGUGUUGGAAUGUAUGUUUUAUAGAGAAAGGAGGGAUCCGCGUUCGUAGGAAUGGCCAUCUUGUGAAGGUACGCCCUAUGGAUGAAUUACGGAUAGGAGACACUAUAUACAGGCCUCUACGUGAUGGAGAUAUUGUGUUGAUUAACAGGCCUCCAUCCAUUCAUCAACACUCCCUCAUAGCUUUAUCAACCAAGGUCCUUCCAACAAACUCAGUUUUAUCGCUAAAUCCACUUUGUUGUUCUCCCUUUCGUGGUGAUUUUGAUGGUGAUUGCCUUCAUGGCUAUGUUCCACAGUCCGUUGAGACUAAAGUUGAGCUUAAAGAGCUUGUUGGUUUAGAUAGACAACUGAUCAAUGGACAAAGUGGUAAAAACUUGCUUUCCCUCAAUCAAGACAGCUUAGUUGCUGCUCAUUUGGUGAUGGAAGAUGGUGUCUUAUUGACUCGUUAUCAAAUACAACAAUUGGAAAUGUUUUGUUUGAAUCACCAAUUGUUUCCUGCGAUACUCAAAGCUCCUUUACUUAAUUGUCCUGUUUGGACGGGAAAACAAUUAUUUAGUGCAAUCUUGCCUUCAGGUUUUGAUUAUUUUUGUGAUUCAAAUGGUGUGAAUAUAGCAAAUGGGGAGAUUAUAGCUUCGGAAGGAUCUUCAUGGUUGCGCGACACAAAUAGCAACCUUUUCCAAAACUUGAUAAAAUAUGCUCCAAGUAAGGUACUCGAUACUCUAUUUGCUGCCCAGGAAGUUCUGUGUGAGUGGUUGUCGAUGAGGGGUCUGAGUGUUUCACUCUUGGAUUUGAACCUCACUUCUGAUUUGUACUCAAGAAGAAACUUGAUGCACGAAAUAUUUUAUGGCUUACAAGAAGCAGAGCAGACCUGUAUGUUUAAACAGGUGCUGAACUCCUUUCAUAAAGCGCUUACAGAUUCUGAUGAGGAGAUUCCUAGAUCCACGUCUGUUCAAGUAGAACGUUUGUGUUAUGAGAAGCAAACGUCUGCUGCACUCAGUCAAGUUUCGAUAGAUGCUUUCAAGCAAGUAUUUCGUGACAUUCAGAGUCUUGCCUUUAAAUAUGCAAAUAAGGACAAUUCCUUGCUGGCUAUGUUUAAAGCUGGAAGCAAAGGGAAUUUGCCAAAGUUAGUUCAGCAGAGCAUGUGUCUUGGGGUACAACACUCACUUGUGCCAUUAUCAUUUAGUAUUCCUCACACCCUCUCUUGUAAUGGUUGGAAUAAUCAUAAGGAGUCUGGUUUAAGCAAGAAUGCUGUUGAUGAUGGUCCCAAGUAUUCUGGGUCUUACAUCCCGUAUGCUGUGGUGGAAAACUCUUUCCUUACUGGCUUGAAUCCAUUAGAAUGUUUUGUUCAUUCAAUCACAAAUCGUGAUAGUACGUUUAGUGAUAACGCUGAACUUCCUGGGACUUUGACCCGAAGGCUUAUGUUUUUCAUGCGUGAUAUGCACACUGCAUAUGAUGGAACGGUAAGAACUGGUAGUGGCAAUCAGAUUGUGCAGUUCUCGUACAAUACUGACGUAGGUCGCACUUCCUCAACUGUUUGUGAUGGCAUAGGUGGUAAACCUGUUGGUUCCUUAUCUGCUUGUGCCAUUUCUGAAGCUGCAUACAGUGCUUUGGAUCAACCUAUUAGUCUCCUUGAAACUUCUCCUCUGCUAAAUUUAAAGAAUGCUUUGGAGUGUGGCUCAAGAAAAAGCAAAGCUAGUCAAACUAUGUCACUAUAUUUGUCCAAGAAGCUUGGGAGACAGAUGCAUGGUUUUGAGUAUGGAGCCUUAGAAAUAAAAAAUUAUUUGCAGAGACUGAAGUUUUCAAGCAUUGUUUCUACAGUCAUGAUAAUCUACACCUCGACGGCCGGUAGCCAGAGACAAUUCAGUCCUUGGGUUUGCCAUUUUCAUAUCAACAAGGAAAUUUUGAGAAAAAGAAAACUGAAUUUGCACACUGUAAUCAAUAAUCUUCGUCAAGGGUGGUAUGAAAUCUUAAAUAGAUCCAAAGACAACCUACCAAAUUGUCAGAUAAAGAGCAGUGGUUGUUCUACUAUGGAUAAAGAAAAGGAUUCAUAUUGCAUUGUUGUGAGAGCUGAAAAUUUCCAGAAUUCUUACAUAGAGUUGGAAAAGGUUCAGGAAAAAGUGUUGCCUGCCAUGCUGGAGAUAGUUGUAAAAGGCUUCCAAGAAAUUAAAAGCAUAGACAUUCUAUGGAAUGAUCGGUCUAGUUCUCCUGGAGAACUCUACCUCAGAGUGUCUAUGACACGUGUUUGUAAAAGAAGACUUUGGGGUACACUCAUGGAUCAUUGUCUCAAAAUCAUGGAUUUAAUUGAUUGGUCACGCAGUCAUCCAGAUAACAUGAAUGAAUUCUGUUCAGUCUAUGGAGUAGAUGCAGGAUGGAAGUAUUUUCUCAAUAAUUUGGAGUCAGCAGUAUCUGAUGUUGGCAAGAGCAUACUCCCCGAGCAUUUACUUAUGGUUGCGAACUCUUUAUCAACUACAGGAUAUUUUGUUGGGUUGACUCCUAAAGGCCUCGCUCAGCAGAGGGGAAAUGCAUCUGCUCCGUCACCCUUUACACAAGCCUGCUUUUCUAAUCCUGCUGGUUGCAUUAUUAAAGCGGCAAAAGCUGAAGUCACAGAUGGACUUAAAGGGAGUCUUGAUGCUUUGGCAUGGGGAAAGACUCCUCCUUUUGGAACUGGCGGACAGUUUGAGCUUAUAUACUCGGAGAAGGGACACGAGAUUAAUAAGCCUGCAGAUGUAUAUGACUUGCUGGGUGCUAGCAUUUCUGAUAAAGAAAAUGUAAUGGAGAAGCCUAACGCAGUGAAAAUGUUUGCUCGGCUUUUAUCCAAGUUGGGUAUAUUGAACAUAAAAAAAUAUUUGAAUGUGAAUGAUAUUUGGAAACUCGAAUGCGACCUACAGAGUAUCUUAAAAAAGUAUGAAAUAGAUGAGAGGCUAAAUGAUGUGGACAAGUCCAUCUUGCUGUUUGCCUUAAAUUUUCACCCAGAAAAAGAUCGUAAAAUAGGCGUUGGAGCUCAAGACAUAAAGGUUGCAUAUCACAAGGAGCACGAGAAUAGUCGAUGCUUUAUGUUGGUAAGAGUCGAUGGUACUGUAGAAGAUUUUUCAUACCGCAAAUGUGUACGUGGCGCUCUGGAGAUCAUUGACCCUACAAAGGCAAUGACUUACCGAACGAAGAAACAAAAUACAAAAUGGGAUAUGAGUUAGCAGACAGAAAUCUAAAGAUGAAGAUGCAGUUAUAAGCAAUAAUCUUUAGGCCAUUCAUUUCAUAUAAACUAAGCUUCUAUAAAUAAUGUUGCUCUUUCUAACAAACUAGGAAACUUUCAUUGUUUUGUUUUGUGUAUAUUACAAUCUUUCCAAAGCUUCUUUUUGCUUCUUUCACUUUAACUUUGUUUGCCCUGCAUGAAGAUUUGGGCAAAGAAAGGUCUAGUUGAAGCAGCAAAGAGAAGCUGGUCAAAGGUCAAUCCUUUAUUUAUUUUGAAUGCUUGACAUUUGAAUAAAUCUUUUUCUCUUUAUAUUCA